GCACACAUACACACACGCGCCAGCAGCUGCACGCCAUUUGAGGUGCCGCGAAGUGGCGCUUUCUUGCGGCCCACGCGUCUGCCGGUGGUCGUGACCGCGGCGCGAGCGCGCCCGGCAGGCAGGCAGGCAGACAGGCGCGCAAGAGAGACAGACGCUGCGCUGCCGGCAUUCGCCGGCCAGGCCGCUCAGGUGACAGGCGAACGGGCAUCAAUCAAGCUGACAGUUGAGGCCAGAAGUGAAGGCGAACCGAACAAGUCGCCAGGCCACGUUGCAGCCGGCAGCAUCACCGCCCCCUAUCGAUUUGCUGUUGCAGAGCGGGCAAAACGACUCGUCUCGUCUCGUCUCGCCUGUCAGACGCUCGGCUACCCCACCUCCCGCGCCGCGGCCAGACUGACUCCCACAACCGCGUCAAGCAGGGCUCGAGUUCGAUUUGUGCGCAUCGAUCGACCGAACCAAACCGAACCGAACCGAGUCGAGUCGAGUCGAGUCGAGCCUCAGUCAAUCGGUCCGCGCCAGCCUCGCGUCGAGUUCAACUUCCAACUGCCGCCGCAGCCGAUCGAUCGAUUGAUCGGUAGAUUGAUCGCCGAGCCGCACCAGCGUCGGCUCUCGGCUCGUGCGCGCUCGCCUCGGUCAGACGUUUUGGAAUUAGCCGCCAGCCGUCCAGUCCAGCCGCCCCUUCAAUCUUCCACCACCCCCCUUUCCACUUCGUCUUCGAUCCUGCGUCGAGUGGGGCCCGGAAGCGGACUUGUGGAUAUUUGCGUGCUCGAGGCUGCAGAGAAGCGCCCCUCCCAGCGCUCGUCUCUCCUCUUUCCUCAGCCUGACAUGCCAGCCCCCGAGGCGCCUCAGAAGACGGACAAUGGGCCCAAGUGCGAGACUGCACAGGCGUACAGCCGGUCGCAUCGAUCGGUUGGUCGGGUAAAUUGGGUGCUGGUGUUGCGCCCUCGUGGACUGUCGGCGUGUCCUCGAGGUUGUGCUCGCCAAUGCGCC